AAUACUGAGCCCUCUUUCUCCAGUCAGCCUGCUGUUUUGGCUUCACAAGCAACAUGAAGGCUCUCCUUACUCUGGUGCUUUUCCUACUUUCUGUCACUGUCCAGGGCAAGGUCUAUGAACGGUGUGAGCUGGCCAGAUCUCUAAAAAGACAUGGAAUGGAUGGCUACAGGGGAAUCAGCCUGGCAAACUGGGUGUGUUUGGCCAGAUGGGAGAGCAGUUAUAACACACAAGCCCAAAACUACAAUCCUGGAAGCCAAAGUACUGAUUAUGGGAUAUUUCAGAUCAAUAGUCGCUACUGGUGUAAUGAUGGCAAAACCCCGAGAGCAGUGAAUGGCUGUAGAAUCCCCUGCAGCGCUCUGCUGCAAGAUGACAUCAGUCAAGCCAUAACAUGUGCAAAGACAGUCGUGAGGGAUCCACAAGGCAUUAGAGCAUGGGUGGCGUGGAGAAACCGCUGUCAAAACCAAGAUCUCACUCAGUACAUUCAGGGCUGUGGAGUGUAACUGCCAUACCUUCCUUCUUCAGCUCAUUCUCUUUUUCACAAUAUGGAAGUACUUAUGGCAAAGGUCACAUUACCUUGGUUCCCCUUCAAACAUGGAAUUUUUAACAGAAACAGGAGUAGCACACGAACUUCUUCCUAAGAGGCUUAAUGUUGGCUUUCUCAUGAUUUUAUACAAAGUCUCCAUUUUUCAGUUAGCUGAUAUAACUGAUGCUGCUGAAAUUUAUCUAAAAGUUUGAUCAUCAAACACACCUCUAUGCACCAGUUCUUCAUCUUGAUCUGAAUCCCAUUUCUCCCUCUAUUGGAUACAAAUAGAACAAAUGUUUACAUAAGAUGAAUUAUCUUAGGUAAAAUCCCAGCUGUGUGAGCAUCUGAUGCCUUAUGUGUGGCGUCAUCCCCAGGCAGUAAAGCAACCACUGUGCUGGGCAAGGUGAAUUUUGAAGAAGAAAUCCAAGUGGAUGAGAACAGAGAGUGCCUCCACCCAGAGAUUUGUUAUCACAGAAUGUGUGACCUUUUGUAUAAGUAUUUUCUUAGAGCUAGCCUGUUUAUAAAGCUUUAAACAUAGAUUCACAAUUAAUAGGCAGUCUGUUUUAGCUUUUGGAAGAAUGCUUCAAUGCAUGCUGCUGAUCAUGAAGGUAUUUGAGGGGAUCAGUGAGAUGUGCUGUUCCUUAAUUUUGCCAAUGUAGCUUUGUGUGUUUAGCUAAGCCUGAGACAGAUGAGUCUUAUUAAUAAAUGACCACAGGAAUAAAAUUA